AUGUCGUCAUCUCCAACCAGACGAGAAAGGAUUCACCUUGACGGCCGCACCCUCGAAGGAGGAGGUCAACUCGUGCGCAUCGCGGUGGCCCUGUCCACCAUCACGGGCCAACCCAUCACCAUCGAGCACAUCCGCGGCCACCGCACUGGCAAGAAGGGUCUCAAGGCAUCCCACCUGGCAGCCAUCAAGUAUCUGGCAGACGUCAGCGGGAGCGCCGUCUCCGGCGCCGAAGUGGGCUCGUCUUCAUUGACAUAUCACCCCCUCCCAGACGCAGAGACCUGCGUUCGGCAACAGCAAGAGAUUGACAUCCGCCUUCGAACGGCUGGGGCUAUAUCACUGGUCUUCCAGGCUUUGUAUCCGUAUAUUCUCCAUACAGCCAGCUGUUUAGCAGUCGCCGAACCAAAACCACAGCCCGUCCGUGUGAGCAUCACAGGAGGGACAAAUGUAUCCUUUUCGCCGUCGUAUGAUUACAUCUCGCAGGUCCUGGUGCCGAAUCUCGCCAGGGUCGGGCUGCCGCCCCUCGCGGUCCAUCUGGAGAAGAGAGGAUGGGCCACUGGCCCGUUUAGCCUGGGGAAGGUGACGUUCGUCCUUCACUCGAUGGACAGAAACGAGGAGUCUCCGUAUGGGUUUCCACGAGUCGAUCUGGACAGAUACCCGCGGGGCGAGAUCACGCAGGUUGAUGUCACGGUUCUGGCACCGGAUACGCUUUUGUUCGGUGGAUCUGGUCAGCACGAAGCUCGAAAGAAGGGCAAUUCGCAGAUAUCGGACGGUACAUCUCAGUCUAUAACUCUCCGCCAAGUCAUCGAGUAUGAGACCAUGCGCGUGUUGCGCACUCGACUACGACAGUUACCUUCUUCGAUAGUCAAACGAGCAAGGGCAGAUUCUCCAUUCGCCAGAACAUACGAAAACGAUGAGAUUGUACCUAUCAGACUGCACACCUCAGAAAGAACGCACCACCACUCACAUAUCUACAUUCUCAUUGUGGCGCAUACAUCGAAUGGGUUCAGGCUUGGUCGAGAUACGCUUUUCGGCGCUCACGGGGAGGAUUCUCAUAGAAAGUCAGGUGGCAGAAAGGGCCGACCAACAGACGAUAGGGGUAUAGCUCUCAAACUGGUAGAGAGGUGCGUGAAUGAUUUUGUGCGUGAGUUGUAUGACCCAAGACUGCGGAGUACAUCCGAGGGACGUCAGCCUUGUGUGGACGAGUAUAUGCGAGAUCAGCUGGUUAUAUUCGAGGCGCUCGGGAAGUCUACGUCCAAGUGUGAAGCCGAUGGCAGGGGAAAAGAGGAUGAGAGAUACUGCAGUCUCCAUACGCAGACAGCACGGUGGGUAUGUGAGCAGAUGUUGGAUGUGGACCGGUAG